AUGAUUGCUUCCCUCGGAAAACCGAGAGAAGAGAUUCCGUACGAAAAUCGCAAGAAUUUGGCACCUGGUUUGAAAGGUUAUUAUGUUCAUAGACUUUUAGUAAACGCUGUAGCAAUGUGGGCUUCACCUCGUUAUGCUUGUUAUAUUUUCAUGAUGUUAGAUGAACUAUAUAAAGCAGAACGUGGAGAGAUGGAAAAGAAACUUCAAGCAAAAGAUGAAGUCAUUGAAUCCAAAGACAAAAGCAUACAGAAAAGAAUACCACGUUCAGUACCAAAAGGAAAGGAAAAAAGCUAUAAGUAUAUGAUUUACGCUGAAGAGAUGGAGAAAGAAGAAGAUAGAGAUAUGGUUAUGUUGCAUUUAGUGAGAAGAAACAACAAGAGCUUUUAUGACCUCGCUAAAAUAUAUAAAUCUGACAGAAACUGGUUCUAUCGUGAAAACUUACCGAUUUCAAUGACACCGAAUGAGCAAAUAAAGGAAAUUGUCAAAAGUACUCUUCCUCAAACACACUAUGAUAUUAAAGGUUGUACAAUUCUUACCUUCAAAGAAGACUUACCAUUACUGAAGGAAAAAAUAACAGAAUAUUUCGAUAACUUCAAAGAGGAAGAAUAA